CUCUAUAAAACCUCACCCACCAGACGAUCCACCACAUCUUCCAUCUCCCCCACAACCGCCAUCAUGCAUUUGAUGUACACUCUCGACCCGAAUGGCAAGCGCAUCUACACGCUGAAGAAGUUGACGACUGUCGGUGCCAUCACCAAGUCUGCUCAUCCCGCCAGAUUCUCCCCCGAUGACAAGUACUCCAGGCAUCGUGUGACCCUCAAGAAGAGAUAUGGACUCCUUCUCAGCCAACAAGAGGAGAGGAAAUACUAGACGGGAUACUUCAUAAUGUGCCGGAGCACGCUGGGACCGACGGGCUUGCUUUGCUCUCUGCCGGACUACUGCGAUGGUGCCGUACUGAGCUGCGUCGUUGAUUAAUUUUUGGCGUUUUACUCGGGGUUAUGCUAUGCUGCGUUCGGAUUGCGAAUUUUUUUCUUCUCUGCGUGACAUGACAUGGAUUUACUUCUUUUUUCUUCUUCACGACGCCUGUGCCAUGCUUGCGUUUGUAUUAUAACAAAAACUGAGCGCAGCCGGUUGGUCAGAGUUUUGCUGCUUCAUUUGAUGGCCGGGCUGAAUAGAUUCUCGAG